AUGAAAAACCGACUUCAACACGCCAGACAACUUGGUCGCACACUCAUCCACGCCGGCGAGCACCUCAUUGGCGCGCCACGCGACGAAGCGAUCCGGCCGAACGAGGACCGCGCCCGACUCCUCGACGCCGCGGACCUUUUCCCACGCAAAGUAAAAGUCCUCCCAGUCCUGGCGGAAGCCGACAGAGUGGGCGUCGAGGGGCACGCCGAGCUCGGCCGCGACCUUUUGGGCCGCCUCCUUCCACGCCUCGCCGCCGAUGCCGGUAAAGAGGACGAAGCGACCGUGGCCGGCAAGGUCGAUGGUAGAGGUGGGGGCCUCGGGCACGGAGCGGUUGAGCCAGACGUGGGGCAGGCGCGAGCCCGGGUACGUGUUGGGCUCGUGGUAGAGGACGGGGUUCUCGGCGGCGCGGCCGGGGAGGGCCCAGGGCUGAGGUUCGUCGGCGUCGUACACGGCGGCGCCGGCGUAGUGCUGGUUCAUCUCCACGCCGAGGCCGUGGAACUCGUGCGAGGUGCGCUCGAUGGCCUCGCGGAACUGUCGGCGGCGCUCUGGCCGGCGGGCCUCGCUGUGGAUGCGCUGGCGCUCGGCGAGGUCGGCGGGCAGGGCGCCGAUGGCCUCCCAUACGUGGAAGUGGUCGCGGAAGGCUUGGUUGGCGCGGGAGAUGAUGCUGUGGCCGACGGGCUGCCGCUCCGUGCUGUAGGUGUCGAGGAGGGAGGGCGAGGCGAGCCCCUUGUGUACGUAGGCGACUUUCCAUGCGAGGUUGAAGGCGUCUUGGAUGCAGGUGUUGGAGCCGAGGCCGUUCAUGGGUGGAUGGCGGUGGACGGCGUCACCGAGGCAGAAGCUAGUGCCAGUGUCAGUAGGUGGAUGAUUGACUUGAACAAGUUUGACUUACACGUUGUCUCCGACCGAGUAGGUUUGCGCUACGGUCUCGUUGACGAACCACUUGGACACGUUGAGAAUCUCGGCGGGCGUAUCGUCGCCGAUAAGCUCGCGCACCCGCUCGAGGUACUGCUCAUUAGUAGGCUUCAUAUCGGGAUCGGCAUCCCGGUUCGGGAAGAGGAUAAACAUCCACUCGUCCCACGGCUUGACCAUGCGCACGAUGCACAUCCAGCCAAAGUCCGGGUGCGCCUUGUCGGGCUGCAUGACCCAGUGCAAGUUUCCGCGGCGCGAGUCCACGAGGUGGGACAGGUUGGCCUUGACGAGCACGUUGAUGGCGAGGCCCUGGCCGGGCUUGCGGUCGAGCGGGAGGUCGACCUGCUUGACGACCUGGCUCUGGGCGCCGUCCGCGCCAAAGAGGUACUUUGUGCGGAUCCGGUACGCGGCGCCCGACACCUUGUCGCGCACGGUGACGGUGAUGCGCUUCGUCUCCGGGUCCUCGGUGAAGGACUCCAGCGCGGUGUCGAAGCGGACCUUGAAGCCGUGCAGGGUGGCGUACCGGAUUAG